AUGCAUGCGCGCGAAAUCCAGGAACUAGGCAUCCAGUGCAUGAUAAUUUCCCUGCAUCGUCUGUGGGUGAUUAAGCUCUUCAUGAUGUUGAUGGUCUGCUUACUAUUCAAUAUCUACCAUGAAAUGUGCACAUUACAUGCGUACCACAGGAUUACAUACAUUGGUCACACCAGUUACUUCUUCUCCUCCUCCACCGUGCCCCGUCCCUUGUCACGGAGAACACAAAAGCUGAAUGAACAAGACCACUUGCAGACAAAGACCCCCCGGCCCGUCGGCGGUCCACAUGUAGCCUGCAGCCGCCUUACCAUCCGUCCAACCACAACCGCAGCUUGGGGCUUCUAG